AUGGAUAGUAAGGCCAUAUUCUUGAUGUAUCAAUGUGUUAGUCAGAAGAUUUUCAACAAAAUCUCAAAUGUUGGUACUACAAAGGAGAUUUGGAGCAUUCUUGUGAAGACCUAUGGUGAUGGAGACAGAAAUGCAAAGGUGAAACUACAGGCAUUGAGGCAGUUUGAAACUCUGAUCAUGGAGGAGAGUGAAACCGUGGCUGAGUACUUUGACAAGGUACAUGAAUUAGUGAAUAAAAUGAGGGCUUGUGGUGAUAAGAUGACAGAUGAGUAUAUUGUAGACAAAAUUCUAAGGACUCUAACCCCAAGAUUUGACUAUGUGGUGGUUGCCAUUGAAGAAACUCAAAGGAAGGAGGAUAUUGAUAGUGAGGAACUGCUGCACUCAUUAGAAGCCCAUGAGUUACACCUCAAUGAGCGCAGACAGUGUCAGGAGCAGACCCUGCAGUGCCAGAAACUGGGUCAUUAUGCCAAAGAGUGUUGGAAAGGUGAAGGGGCUAAGAAUAAACCUAAGAAAAGGGCUAAUUUGGCCCAAGAAGAAGAAUCAAAUUUAGAGGCAGUAAUUUUUAUGGCCUAUGAUGAUGAGAAACAACCAGAAAGCAUUGUUUGGUACCUUGACUCUAAUUGUUCCACUCACAUGACCGGGAGAAAAGAUUGGUUUGUGAGAAUGCAGGGAGUAGAACAUGGGAAGAUCAUAUUUGCUGAUAAUAGCAGUUUGGAGGCAGAGGGUUCUGGCAGAGUAGUGUUGAGAGGAGAAGAUGGCAGAGAAGUGGUCAUUGAAGAGGUACUGUAUGUACCUGGGUUGAAGACUAAUUUACUUAGUCCUGGACAUUUGCUUUAG